GUCCCUCGUCCCACUUCUUGGCUUGCUUGCUUGGACGAGGCGAUUGGAGGCGGGAUGGGGCUCUUGGGGCUCGAUUGAUGUCUGAAGCUCCGUCGAUCGGUCUCGUCCGAUUCUCUGGCCGGGCUCGUCGAGUGAGUUUUUUGCAGCCAUCGAGCUUCCGGAUCUGCUUCCUCGCAGACCCUUUCUCGUGCAUUAGCCCUGCUCCACGGAAAAUCUGUUGCUCUCGGGGCGCUUUCUCGCUCUACUUCGGGUCACAUCUGAAGAAGGAGGGUCGUUCAAGGGGCUAGGGAUCUGAGCCGACACAGAAACGUACGAGUUCAGUUCUGCCGAAACUAAUGUAUGCAAGUCGUGAAGCGGCUGACUGCACAGGUUGAGAAGUACGUGGAGUUUCUGUUACUUCAGCAUUGCGAAGCAUGCAGCUGUCAGUCACUGCAGAUAACUCUGAGGCCACCACAAGAUUUCACUCUGUCUUUCUCUCUGCGCCGAGCUUGUGAUGCCUCGAAUAUAAGCAGGCGAUCGGAUCGGACCUCCCUAACCGUCGAUAAUUCAUGAAAUACGAGCGACAGUGAAAUCGAGAACAGCUGUAAGCUUAUCCUGACAGGAACGUCUGCUCGUGCGAUCUCGCCUGAAAAUUGAUCACUCGCGUACUGCCGAAGCUCACGGCACUCGAACGAGAACACGAAUCGGCCGCAUCCCUGAGUCAUUCCACUUCGAUUCCUCUUGUCCUUUUCCCAGGAAUAAGAGAAUCGAAGUGGAACGCCUCAAGGAUGAGACUGCGAAGGAAGUGGCCAUGAGGGAUCGGAUGCUAAAGGGGAGAAACUGUUACGCAACUGCCUGUGCUGGAAGUCUUUGCUCUCGAUGGACACAAAUGGUGAUGGGAAGCGAGAGUUUUUGAAGUAUCACGUGCUGCCUCCUUGGAUAUCUAGCUUCCAAAGUAUAUCUGGAUGUUGGAUCGAUUGUUACGGUGUAGUAGAGGGGCAUCCCUCGUGACAUCCUUUUUGAGUUUGUAGUCAUAACUUCAUGCCGCAGUCAACAGAUCAGGACCCAUCGUCUCAUGUACCUUGCGUUCAUCCUACAAUCUUUACUCAGAGGUCUUGCAAACACGAACGCAUAUAUCUCACCUUUUCCAGAAAUUGAAUUUUCCAAUCUUUCAUACACUACCCUUUUCUGUGACUUGAGCCCAACAUUGGAGAUCCCCUGAUAGCUUGCUCGUUGAUGAGUCCUCGAGUUUCUAGUUCUCACAACCUGAUCUGUUGUCAUUGAGGCUUGUCGGUUCCUAGUACUUUCGCGAUCUGUACUCCGAAGUAACACACUUAAGCCUUCCGAGGAUUUCUCUUGGAUGUAGGCUGAUUCGCACCUCUUUAAACAUGGCUCUUGCUCCCAAGCUACACUCUAACGACCAUUAUAUGGUUAGUGGAUCGAUGCUUCAAUACAGUUAUCUGUCUGUGAGUCACUGAAGCCCCAUUAGAAGAGGCAAGAGCUCCGAAAUACAAGUACCACCGCAGAAAAAAUGGCUUUGCACCCUGGAGAUGGAUCGCCAGAGAAGGCAUUGCACAAGCCGGACGACAGUUUUAGACAUUCAAAUUCGGGCAACAGUUUAACAUGUCCAUCAGGUGUCGGGGAGAGUCCGAAGCCAACUUUAGCAGCAGCCAAAGCCGGAGUGAGCUUUGUGAUACCCAAGAAUAAGUUAUCCGGUGCCCUAGUUCCUGUGGUGCGAACAAGUGCGGCGAAGUGGGAAGUAAAUGAAGUGAAAAGGGAAGAUGACUUGAAGUUUUUGGUGCAUCAGAGAAAAACCAGAUGGGGAGUCGAUCUUACACAGGAUCCAGCUGUGAAAAGAGGAAGAGCUCUUGCUUUGCAGACUCGGGCCGAGCAGAUCGCUGCACAGCUGGAGUCUGGUCAGUUGGAUGUUGAUUUAAAUGAGGGCACCCGGUCCCCCUCCCCACCUCCGGUUUAUGACUCCAACGGUCAAAGGACCAACACUCGAGAGGGAAGGAGGAGAGAGCAGCUUGAGCUAGAAAGAAGAGAAGCCAUUGGUGAUUGUUUGCAACUGAAUCCAUUUUACAAACCUCCCUCUGGGUACAAGCCUGUGUACAAGGAGGCUAAGCUAUACAUACCAGUGAAAGACUAUCCGGGCUACAACUUCAUUGGGCUCAUCCUUGGUCCUCGUGGAAACACCCAAAAGCGGUUGGAGGCGGAAACUGGGUCAAGGAUUGCAAUAAGAGGAAGAGGAGCUGUGAAAGAAGGCAAGAAGAGUAAUGCCGCUCGUUUACAGGGUGGACGACGUGAUUGCAAGGAGGCUGAAGGUGCAUUUGAAGACCUUCAUGUGCACAUCACGGCUGAUUCUGUCGAGAAAGUGGAUGCUGCAGUAGCUCUCGUCGAACCCCUGUUAACUCCAGUUGAUGAGGACAGAAACACUCACAAGCGAAAGCAGUUAAGGGAGCUCGCGGAAAUGAAUGGAACCAUGCGUGACUUUUCGAAGGCUUGUCGCACAUGUGGAGAAACAGGUCAUAGAGAGUGGCACUGUGCGAAAGACAAGUUCGUCACAUUCCAUGCCAAGGUUGACUGCCAAAUCUGUGGGAAUGGAGGCCAUCCAACAAUCGAUUGUUUGAAAAAACAAGCUGGACAGGUAAAGGUUCUGGAUAAGGAGUAUCUUAGCUUCUUGGAAGAGCUCGGUCACGGGCUUGGUGUAGUAUCAACUACAGGUUUGUCUACUAAAUCAAUUGGCGAAGAUACCAGUGGAAAGAGCAGUCAGUCCGGCCUAACACCGACAGUACCCCCCUUGGGAAUCGCUCCCAUUUCUACGUCUCUGGAUCCGAAUCAACUGGUGGAUGUGAUCAGUACACCACAUCCAAGUAUGAUGGGCCUUAGCCAACCUCAACAUACACCACCUUCAUGGCCACAGGGUGAUGCCUUCACCAACAAUUUCGAAGGCAGGGCCAACCUGCCACAAGGAGGUGAAGCUGACGGGCCGUUCCCUGGGGUGUUUCAAAGACACCCCGCCCAGUACGGAUUUUCCGUGCCCUCUAGUAGUUUUCCACAUCCUGGAAUGUCCCAUUCUUCUGUCCCAUCAAGUUACCAAGGAUGUGCGUCAGCUUCCAUGAGCGUGAAUUUCGGAGGCCUGCCAGCAACGCAAUAUUUUCAUACGAGACCAGAUGGAGUUCCUACGAACAGAAUCCAGAUUUUGCCAGACAACGGAGCUGGAUCUGGAUCUGGAUCUGGAUCUGGAUCUGUUAACUGUGCCCAUACACCCAGUAUUGGACUCGUGAGCAUGCCCGGUCAGUUCCAAAGUUUCAAGAGCGCUCACCGAGAAGCUUCGACAGUUUUAGGUAGUCAUUGGAAGCAGGCUCAGAUUUCUCCACCUGUAAAUGCAGCUAAUGCUCCAGUGGUUUGGGAUAUCCAUCAUCUUCCUCGACCCCAAAUAGCACCGUGGAUAAGGGGAGUUCCACCUCAGGCCGCUCUUGCUCCAUGGCAGAUGUCCCAUGAGCAAGGUUGGAAAGAAAAAUCUCCCACAGUUCCACAGCCAUUCUUAAAUCAGCCAAACUGUGUUCAAGGCUGGAAUGAGAAAUGUCCCGCGAUACCGCCAUCAAUAUUCAAUCAGUCUACCUCAGCACCGUGGGAAGGAGCACGGAAGCCUUGGGAGUCAACAACUACUUGGAGUGGACCUCCUUUGCUGACAAAGCUACAUCCGCCCUGGCAACCGCAUUUUGUCUCGUGUCCACCCCAAGCAGACGGACCAGAACCAAGCCGACGAUCUUUCGUAUGGAGAGGUGGACCUGCUCCACACACGGUGCCGAUGCCCUUACCCAUUCAGUAUGAAAAUUUCAUAACUCAGGGUCUUCCCUCUCAGAGUAAUCCUUCCCAUUCGGAUCCAGUUCCAACGUCGUCAACUCUUCCUCAACCAAUCGCUGACUCAACCAGUUUCUCCACUUACCCUCAAUUGGGAGCAUUGUGUACCUCUCUCGUACCCCCACCUUUACCGACCGCUGUCCGGAAUCAGCAACAAGACAACUGCUCACCCCAUCCACCUCCAAAACCGUCCAACACUCUCUCAGUGGAUUGCCAGCCAACCUUGAAAGUAGCUUAUGCAAUGGCACCUCAACUGCAUGAUUCGUCUACACCGAGCAAGCGUUUGUCCACGCUGGGGACGGAAUCACUAACAAAGAUCUUCACUGAUCUUCCCAAGGUCGGAAUGAGUCAGCCAAAUGCAGAGUUAAAAGUACUUUCAAGUCGACGAUCAUCGUCACCCUGCCACGAGUCCAAAGCUGCAUCGAAUGCGACUGCUCCUAGUAACGGAGGGGAUGUUGACGCAGAGUAUGAGAAACUGAUGGCAUCCGUCGGAGUGAUAUAGCAACAACGAAGUACCUACUUUCACUGCUAACUGCAUAUAGCAGUGGCAGAAGCUUGGAAACAUCAACUCAACGUUUUUCAACGAAGAAAUGUUGGAGUAGUUCACUCCCUGACAGUCUGUCAGAGCUACUCGCUGAGGUUAUGCUCGAACUGUUUACGGGACAAAAUGAGUGUCUCACAUACCCAUAUCUCAGGUGUUAUGAGACGUAUGGACAGAACAGAGCAGAGUAGAGUAGAGAGUAGUAUAAUCAUACUGUCUCAGGGCAGUUGUAGAAAAAUGAAAGUCAAAAUACUGGAAUGUCAGCUGAGGGUUUGUCAUCGAGGCUUUCUGACUUCCCACUGAAGAUGAAGAGGAACAUGCGUAGACUGUGUCUAAAUCCGAAGAGGAAUGUCUACAGGAUAGCACGAUAUCGCGUCUAUACUUCUACACUGAUAGCCGGCACGCACGUUCAUCUCAACCACAACAUGUAACACUAAGUUUCUAUGAUUCCGUCGUAAUUUUAGCCUCUUGAAACAGUGAAAAGAGUGG